AUGGAGGUUCUACCGUUUCUACGCGGACAUGAUCUCAUUAAUCUCGUUGAUGGAUCGUGUAUCUGCCCGCCGGAAUUCCUCACUGCCGUGUCUGAUGCUACCUCGUCCGCUGCUGCUACACGUGUUCGGAAUCUGGCGUACGUCGCUUGGUUUCGCCGUGAUCAGGAGCUGCUGUCUCUUCUCGUUUCUUCGCUGUUGGAGGAGGUGCUUUCCAUCGCCGUCGGCUGUCGGACCUCGAAGGAGUUGUGGGAUGCCAUUGAGCAGUCCCUUGCUUCGGCCUCUCAAUCCCGUCAGCUUCACUUGCUCAGCCAACUCCAUGGUCUCCGGCAAGGAGAUUCGUUGACGGCGGAGUACCUCGGGCGAGCGCGGCUAAUUGUUGAGGAUUUAGCUCUCGCCGGCCGGAAUGUGAUGCUGGAAGAACAGAAUCUGUAUGUCUUCCGUGGCCUUCGACCGGAGUUCAAGGGGGUGACGUCUUCGCUGGCGGUUCGGGGGCAUCCAAUGACGCUCCUUGAGCUUGCGGACUUGCUAGGCGCGCAGGACUUCAUCGCCGGUGAUGACUACGCUCUGCCUGGAGGUGCUGCGCCGGCGGCUUUCACUGCUCAGGGAGGUCGCCAGUCGCGUGGACGUGGAGGAGGGCGUUCGGCUGGAGGAUCGCCGUUCGGCCGUGGUGGUUCCGCCUCUGCAAUUGUUCUCAUCCUCUCCCCAUCCUUGUACCCGUUCUCGGAGGGGAUUUUAAAAUCCCCUUCAUCCUUGUCUUGUUUACUCGAAUAG